ACGCACCAGAUCAAACGACCGAGAGAUCAACACAUCCCCAAAGGGCACAGCUCUAGGGUUUUCGUCCAGCGAAUCGAAGAAUCAAGAGGAGUCGCCAUGGCGUCGCGGCCGUCGCUGAAGCCGAAGCCAAAGGGCAAGGGUGGGAAGAGGGGCUCGUCCGCGGCCGAGGACGAGCAGUCCACCGCGGCGGUGGCGGUGCGGCUCGCGAAGGAGUGGAGCACGUGGACGAUGAAGACGGCGAAGGUGGUGGCGCACUGGGGCUUCAUCCCGCUCAUCAUCGUCGUCGGCAUGACUAAGGGAGACGAGCCCAAACCUAGCUUGCUCCAGCUUCUGUCCCCCGUCUGAUCCAAUUCCUGGCGAGCCCGACUGGAUCGAUCCAUCUCCUUUUAGUAACUAAAGUUUUUUAUGUUUGUUGGAUCUUGGUGGUUGAGUUCUGGAUCCAUGGGUGGUGAUCUUUUAUCUGCGUCUAAUAAUGUCAUGCGGUCGGAUCGAUCCUGGAUUGGAUCGGAUCUUGUUAGAUACCUGAGAUGCUACGGAUCUGUUUUUAAUAUGUUAUAUGGUAUGUUUAACUUUCAGUGUAGUUGUCUGAGUUGUAUUUUUCUGCCUGAUGCGUGUGUAUUACUUUGAUUGAUUAUUAAAAGUAAGCAAUACUAAUUAUAGCUGUGUUGCGUAA